AUGUCUACCAACGGAGAUCUCGAGAUGGCUGAUGCCAAUGCCGGUGCUGAUGUGAACGAUGCCGAAGUUGAGCUCGUCGAGCCUCAGCGCAUCAGAGUCCUGCCUGGAUCUACCGACACUGCCGCUUCAUUCGAAUUCACAAAGGAAGACCACACUCUUGGAAACGCUCUACGAUACAUCAUCAUGAAAAACCCCGACGUUGAGUUCUGCGGUUACUCGAUCCCCCAUCCCUCAGAAGCAAAAAUGAACUUGCGCAUCCAAACUUGGGACGAGGUUAAUGUUUACGAUGUUCUGGAGAAGGGCCUGAACGAUCUGAUGGAUCUCUGCGAUGUGGUGGUUGACAAAUUCACCGUGUCAAGGGAUGCAUUCGAUGCGUCCAAGGCAUAA